AAAUGCAAGCAGCUAGAAGGUUAAUUUCUCUUCGUGAAAAUAAAUUUUUGUUGGAAAGUAAUGCUCAAUUGAUUUCUUUUCAAAGUUCAAGGCAUCUACACAUUUGGUUUCCGGAUGCUAAAUUUACGAGAAUGUUCAAGGCAAUUGGUUCUACUCCAAAAGCAGCACAUCAAAGUCUUUUUCGUGAAGCCGGUUCCGUUGAACGUAUGGAUCCAGAUGAUUUAGCCAAUCCUAAAGAGGUGUUGGAAGCAAUCGAUAGAAUGAAUACCUCCACAUUUGAUGGAAAUUUUGGCUAUCCCAGAGAAAAGAAGAUUGACAAUAUGAUUUUAAAUUUUGGCCCAAACCAUCCGGCAGCUCACGGCGUUCUUCGGCUUAUUUUGAAAUUGGAAGGAGAGGUAGUCAUCAAAGCAGUUCCACACAUUGGACUUUUGCAUCGUGCAACAGAGAAAUUGAUUGAAUAUAAAACAUACACGCAAGCUUUGCCUUAUUUUGAUAGAUUGGAUUAUGUUAGCAUGAUGUGUAAUGAACAGGCCUGGUCUUUAGCAGUCGAAAAAUUGUUGGGAAUUGAUAUUCCGCCUAGAGCUAAAUGGAUCAGAACCCUUUUUGCUGAACUAACUCGAAUUCAAAAUCACAUUAUGGGAAUAACUACACACGCUUUGGAUGUUGGUGCAAUGACCCCCUUCUUUUGGAUGUUUGAGGAACGUGAAAAAUUAUUUGAAUUUAGUGAGCGUGCAAGUGGGGCAAGAAUGCAUGCAAAUUAUAUUCGGCCUGGAGGAGUUGCCUGGGAUAUUCCUCUUGGACUUUUGGAUGAUAUUUAUGAUUGGUGUGUCAAAUUUCCUUCACGUAUAGAUGAACUUGAAGAUGUUUUGACAGAGAAUAGAAUAUGGAAGAAGAGAACAAAGGAUAUUGGGAUUGUUAAAGCAUCUGACGCUCUGAAUUGGGGCUUUUCCGGUGUUAUGUUAAGAGGUUCUGGUAUAAAAUGGGAUCUUAGAAAGACGCAGCCUUAUGAUGCCUAUUCUGAAGUUGAAUUUGAUGUUCCUGUUGGUACGCAGGGCGAUUGUUAUGAUAGGUUUGGAUUUUUUAAAAUAAAUUUCCUAUAA